AUGGCUAAUGGGGAGCCCUCGCCGUCGUCUCCAGCUUCCGCCACUGGAGGUGGCGCCGCCGCUUACCCACUGUCCCAAUCUGUGAGCUCAUCUUCUCCUCUCUUCUCCAGUGAAAUAUGUCAGUUAUACGUUCCCCGCAGUUCUCGAUGAACUUCAUCUCCGGGAGGUCUAUCCGUUUCACUGGCUGCGGUCCCUGUCAGAUCCUCCUAUUUCCUGACGAUCUGUGUCUUUCUUGUCUAGAAAGACAAGAAAGACACAGAUCGACGCCGCCCGAUCGACGCCAAGAUGGCGGUAUGUCAGGCCCCAUGGCCCAGAUGGAUCGUUUUCCGAUUCUGAUUACUUCGGGCUUGCUUGUGUUUGAGAUUCGGCUUAGAUUAACGUCGUCUCCGUUUCCUUCAGGAACUGAACGAGUCACAGGCAGAGGUGGCGGCUAAACUCCAAGGAUCGAAACAGGAGGAUCCAAUUUCUUUUAGAAUGUAGUUGUUUCCGAGUUAUGAUUAAGAUUGAUAACGCAUUGCAACUUGAUGGAUGAGACGAACGUUGAAAAAAUUGCCGCAGGAGUUGCAAAAUUGGAGAUUGAAGCUGGACACGCAGGUCAGAACGUACAAGGAAGUGCGUGCUUCAUCCUUCUUGCCUCUGAAGUUGCUGGAAUCUACGGUUUAAUAAAACCUUAUAUUAUUUUAACGCAUGAUUCAAAUUUCAUUUUGACCUUAACCCGAAGCUUCACUUCCAACAAUUAUUAACUAGGGAGAUGAUAUAGAAGAUGUAGUUUUCCGUUGAUCAUCUGCCUCGAUCAGGGACAGUUUCAAUCAGGCCUAAAUUCAGACAUAAUCUACUGGCCCCCCUCUCAAAGCCGGAGUUGGCUCACCUGAAACUCCGCAAAUUCCAAAGUAAACUCCAAGGCUCCGUCUGUAUACUAUCGACGGAACCAAUAAUCGGGAAAUUUAUUCUCUUCCGUUACCCUUAAUUUAUGUAAAUUUUGUCGACCUUAUUAGUGAACUCACCUAUUUCGUCGCAGGAGCUUUCAGUGCUUAAGAAAUCACUAGGCACUGACGUGGAGCAACUGAAAUCCGUAAGUUCUAUGAUGAAAGACUUCUGUCUUGUUAUCUCAUUUUCUUUUCCCGCUGAUUCUGACGGCACAGAGCCAGGAGUUUGAAGCGCUGCGGACAACUCUUCAGCAGCAGCAAGAAGACGUCGCAAACAGUCUAAGGAACCUAGGGGUAAAACAAUAUCCCUUCCUCCCUCCCUACCUUUCUCUUCUUGGGUUUCUACAGUUUCUUGCCUCGCAGAUGAAAGAUGAUAGCAAAAAUGUAUCGGAGCCCGGAAAUCUAAAGCUAGCAAGGAGAUUAUGGAGGCUGAGGAGAAACCAGAAAAAGUUCAUAGUGCCACUUCAGGCAACAAGGUACCGUACACUUAA